AUGGUUUGUCAAGAAUCUUCAUCCACGGUUGACCUUCCUGCUCAUUCAUCCUCCUUUGUUGAGUCCAGCUUCCGUGAACUCGACGACGCAUUCUUGCAGACUCAAACCAGAAUAUGGCUAGGAGAAGUUUUGCAGAUAAGAUUGGAUGAGAAUUUCAUUACAUCUGAAUUACUUGCUGAUGGAGAAUUGCUGUUUCAAGUAUCAAAAGUAAUCUGGAAAUUGCUGUUGGAAAAGCAUAUGGAGCUUAGGCACAUAAAAGCAUACAAAAAUCAUCCAUUUUCUUCUAAGAGAAACAGUGGCAUAUAUAGGCCUUAUUCAAAUGUUGAUUCUUUUCUCAAGAUCUGUAAAAUUUUGGGAUUGAUUGGGAUUGAUCUCUUCACUCCGUCAGAUGUAGUUGAGAGAAAAAAUACUCGAAGAGUUUGUAUGUGUAUACGUUCAUUCUCGAAAAAAGCAAGGUCUAUAAGUAUAAAUGUUCCUGAUUUUGAUAUUGUGACAUGUAUGGUAGCCAUGCCCAAAGAUAUGGUUGGAUGCAUUCGCAGAAGCAUAGAGUUGUCUCAAAGCAUCAAUGUGGAUUCUUCUAGCCAACAGUUACUGAACCCUGCAACACGAAAAUCUAGUCAGGGUUACUCAGUUACAAGCUCCAAUAGGGAUUAUGUGACAUAUUCAGACUCUGCUAAUGACACAGAAAUCAUGCAUCCGUUUCCUGAAUUACAUGAUGAUGAUGAUGAUGAUGAUGAUGAUGACUUGUAUGAGUACAAGUCAGAGAUAAGCUACAAUAUACCAUCUUUAAUGGGUGAAAGUGAUUUUGUGUCCAAAGAUUUAGAUCAAUUGGAUACUCAAAAUCAACCGAGAAAUGAGAUUUUUAAUGAUGAAUUUGAAUUGUUAUCUUCAUUGGAAUCAUUAGAACAUCAUUGCUCUGACAAUAUAGGACAAGAAUACGAUUGCAAUCUGAUCUGGGUGUCAUCUUCUUCUUGUGGAGAUCAAAACGUCGAUGUAAUUGGUACGAAAUCUCAUUUUGAUACCAGAGUAGAGCGAGUUCAAGAGAGUAGGAUCAUAGACUACGAUGACUUUGAGCAUGCUUUGCUUAGAAAUAGCACUUCUGUCACCGGGACUCCUAUAAAUGACAGAACAUCAGUUAUGGAUGCUACACCAUUUGCAAAAAAUAAAGAAGACUCUGAAAUGAUUGGUGAAGUAAAUAGUAUACCAAAUGUACAUCAAAGUGUUAGCUCUUACGGUUUAAACACAACUCCACAGACUGUUGAAAUAGGUAGAUGUUUCGAUAUUUCUGAUAAUAUGGAGGUUCUGCACGUAGCUGGCGUAAGCUGUGUAUCAAGGGUGCCAAUGAAUUUGGGAGAUUUAUUUGAUGCAGAGACUAAUGAUCAGAAAAUUGAGUGCUUUGAAUUAUACAAUGACAAGAAUGAUCAUUGGGACAAGAUAGAAGAAUAUGAAGCUCAAGACAUAAUGAAACGCAAGGAAUUGGCAUACGGGAUUGCUUCUAGUGCAAGAAAUUCAUAUUCUGUAAAUAAAUUUGAGGAAAUUGAGCAUUCAUUAUAUUCUCCUGAUUGUCACUCCUGCAAUACUAAUAUUUCAGAUAUACUUGAACCUCAUAGCAAUGACAUUAGCUCAACCCUACUGAAAAAUUAUCUAGCAGAUGAAGUCAUGGAGUCACAAGUUGAGUCAAGAUGCUCGGAUAACGCUAAUUGCAACCAAUCCGAGGAGCUUCUGUCCUGUCACUCUUAUCAUUUGCCUGAGUUUUGCAAAUGGGAUCAGAAAGGAAAAAGUGCUACAGCCUCAAAUAGAGUGAAAGAUAGCCAAAGUUCCUCAUAUGUUUUGGAAGAUGUCUCUCAUAAGGAAUCUGUGCCACCUAGUAAACAAAAGGGUUCUGAAGUUAUGAUGUCCAAUAUUCUGUUGUCUUGCGUACCAAGCAAAGAAGUAGAUAAAUAUGAAAAAGAUCCAUCUCAAGAUGAUGAGACUAAAGAUUCCAGUGGCAAAGAUGUCGCAACAGCUCGAGACAUUGGAGAUGGAGGUCCGAGAAUACUAGAUAUCAUAACCAAUGAUGUUGUAGCUCCUACAAACUCUGAAGUAGAUGUAUCUCACAUUGGAUGUGGCGCAACAGAUCAAAGCUCAAAACUCGAACACAACGAGGCUCAACAAGCAUCUCAAUACGACAAGGAUCAUAUUUACCAUCCAGAACAUUCUCUGGUGCAUAUUAAAUCAUGCAAUUUUGUUAAGCAGGAAGAAGUAAAACCAGAAGAUGAGACAGAAGAAGGUGAAAUAGAAAUACCAAAAUCAGAAUCCCAAAAGAAGCUACUGUUAAGAUCAGUCUUGGGUGGUGCCACUGCUGUUGGUUUGUUAUUCAUGUUUCUCAACAGAAGGAAGAAUGGUGGAGAAAAAGCUGCACAACCAAGUAAGACAUCUAGUCAUAAAAACAAAGAGAAUAUUCAGAAAAAUUCAACCAAGAAAGUGAAUAUGAUAAGUACAAUAAAAGAGGUUUAUCCAGGUGAAAAGCUCAAGUUAAAGUGA